AUGUUCUUUUGGUACUUUUUUGCAGUUCCGUUUUCUGAGGUUUAUGAAGUGGGAGACGAGAUUGGAGAAGGAGGCUUCGGCACCGUCUGCGAGGGGAUUUCGAAAUUUAGACGCGAGCAGGUCGCCAUCAAAUUUAUCCCUAAGAGAACAACAGAAGACCGGUGUAUUGCAAUUCCUGGGUGUUCCAAGCCACUGUUAGCAGAAGUGGCUCUAAACCUGCUGCUCAAUCAGCCUCCAAUAAGCCCCUACAUUGUGCACAUGCUGGACUGGUUUGAAGAGGAAGAUGAGUACAUCCUCAUCCUAGAGUAUCCGCAGCCCUGUAAAGACUUGCAGAGAUUUGUUGUCAGGAACGCACUGCGAAUGAAUGAAUCGCAGGCACGUGACCUGAUGUACCAAGCAGUGCUCGGAGCCAAACACUGUUUUGACAGAGGCGUCUUCCACCGUGACAUAAAGUUAAACAACUUUCUGAUCAACACAACGACAAACCAAGUCAAAAUGAUCGACUUUGGCAGCGGUGACCUCCUCAAAAGUGGUUACUUUGGUGAAUUUACAGGAGCAUGUCGCCCACCUGAGUACUACAAGAUCUUAAAAUAUGAGGCAGGGCCAACAACAGUCUGGUCUCUGGGAGUUAUGAUGUACAGAGUGAUGUGCAGACGUCAUCCCUUUGAAAGUUUUGAAGAUAUGAAUAAUGGUGCUCUGAUGUUUAACUCCAGAAUAUCCAGAGAAUGCCAGGAUUUGAUAAGCCGAUGCCUGACUCGCGAACCAACCGAGAGAGCAACUGUAGAGGAGAUCUUACAGCAUGAAUGGUUUCGGCAGGGACCAAUGUCACGAGUAGCUCAGGAGUCAGGUACUGUAACUUAGGAGGGAAGGUAGAUGAUUACAGAAAUCACUUUUGUGAAAUGCCAAGCAGUGCAGGCACAAGCUCUUUAUAUUCAUUCAUUCAUCAGAUGCUCCAAAGUGAGGAAAAUCAGCACAAACCAUUCAGCAGGGAGACUUCAGAGUGGCAAUCUUAGCUAAAAAAAGCAGCAAAUCGGUGCUCCAUAGAGAGAAGCAAAUUACUAGGAAAGAGCAGAAGUAGUGCACAAACAAAGAAGCAGCAAAUAGAGAAAAGUUUGAAGAGCUAAUUUAGUGCACAAAGAUAGGAAAACCAUAGGGGCUUUCACACUGGGCAUGUUUGCUCCUGUCCGAAUCCGAGUGCAAUUGUUCCCAGAUUGGACUGGUUUCAUACACACUUGAUUCUAAAGAAACCUGAUGCACAGCGUAUGAUAGAACACAAAAUGCAGGUCAAUAUACAGUGUUUUUUAUAUGAAUUAAGACUAAUUAAUUAAGAAAACGUGUUGCACUCACUCUGCACGAUUACACUGCUGGCUCACUCUCGCUCACAGCCAAGGUAAGUCAUCACCACUGUCAUCCCCUACUUGUGUACAUGUGCGCUCCCCG